CAAAAUGUUCCAAAAAUCACUCAAAAAAAAUUAACUACUUGGUGUGAACAAGAACUUGGUGCAAAUGUGAAGUAUCCUGAACUUGAACAUGCACUCCAAGAAUGGUGUUUGCAUUCACAAGGUCACAUUCCUUUAACAGACCUAAUCUUAAUUGAAAAAGCUAAAACACUUGCAAAAAUGCUUAAUAUACCUGAUGAUACAUUGUCAUUUUCCACUGGGUGGCUUCAAAGCCUUAAGAAUAGAAACAAUUUGAAAAGAUAUCAAUUACAUGGAGAAAGUGGUUCGGCUGAUAUUAGUGCAAUUGAAAAUGCCCUUCCCAAUCUGAAAACAGUCAUCAGCACCUUUAAAUCUGAAGAUGUAUAUAACAUGGAUGAAACUGGAUUACUUGAACCUGAUAAAACUUUAGCAACCAAACAACUUGAGGGAAAAAUCAAUAUGAAUAGUCUUGGAGUUGACUAUAGAGCAAAUGGUAAAGCAUGGAUGACAGCAAUUUUGUUUCAAGAAAUAAUAGUAAUACAAACAUUCAUCAAAAUUGUUUUUAGAUCUUCACGUUGUUUUUUGCAAAAAAUCAUAUAUUUAAAUCAGAUGACUAAAAUUAGAGAAUUAUCUGUUGUUGAGUGCGCAGAG